AAAUAAAAAUGUAUGGAAGCUACCAUGGAUACGGAGCCUAUGGGCAACAAUUAGAUUAUCGCCCUUUGUUUGCUCGCCAUUGGCAUUCUCCUCACUACAAAUACAGUGAAGUACUUGGAGGAACUUAUCACAUACCACACAGCCGUUACCCACCGCAUGAUGUUUACAAAACCCCGUGGUUAGCACAUAUACAUCCAACACAUUUAACACCCGGAGAACCCGAAUGGUGGCAUUAAUAUAACGAAGAUUUAAUUGUUUGAUGAAUAGUACAAAUCUAUGUAAAUUUUCUGAAGAAAAGAAAAUCAGUAAUAUGUAGAAAUUUUGUGAAUAUAUUUU